CGUAAAAGGGGCGUAGUAGUUUUACGCAGUAUGAGCAGACUCGCAGUUCCCUGCCGGGUGUCAGAUGGAGCACGGCAAGCAAGUAUCUCCUCUGAGAUGAUAUUACUUUAUGACGUUCAUUAUAUGGGGAACAUAUAGGCUACACGUUGUCCUUUCCGUCAGACACCGAUAACGUUAGUCAGUGUUAACGUUUGACUUCCAGACAGAGAUGGCGCUUUUGUAAUAUGUUACAUUCAGCUGAAGUCAGCUACACAUUAAGCGAACUGUUACAUUUUGCUAACACCGUAUUUCAUUCCACUGGGAAACAAUAACUGUAAACAAAAUGCGAAAGGCGCUUUUGGGACAUGUCCGUCGGUUCCCGUGGGUCACCAACGUUACCCUGUACGGCUGCCUGUUCGCCGGAGGGGACUUCGUCCACCAGUGGCUGUCCCGGAGGGAGAAAAUGGACUGGAGACAAACACGGAACGUCGCCGUGAUCGCGUUCAGUUUUCACGGAAACUUCAGUUUCUUCUGGAUGCGGUUCCUGGAGCGGAGGUUUCCGGGGAAUUCAGCCGGGAUGGUGAUGAGGAAGCUUUUCCUGGACCAGACUACCGCGGCGCCCCUGGCCACCAGUGUCUUCUACACAGGAGUCAGCUUCUUGGAGGGCAAAGAGGACAUCACGGAAGACUGGAGAGAAAAAUUCCUGAACACAUAUAAAACGGGGCUGAUGUUCUGGCCAUUUAUGCAGUUUCUGAACUUUGCCUUGGUGCCUCUGUACGUGCGGACCACCUUCACUGGCUGCUGUGCCUUCUUCUGGGCCACCUUCCUUUGCUUCUCCCGUCAGAGCGGCGACGGCACGGCCGCUGCAGCUCUGGCAUGGAUGUUCCCUCCUAAAGAAGAUGAAGCAGAAUCGACAAAGGAGAAAGUGGACUCCAAGGAGAUGAUAGAUGCUCCCAAAGAGGCAACAGUAGCAUCUAAACCUACUCAGAAGUGAAGUAUGUAGAAUCAGUCUUUGGGGGGACAGAACGUGAAAAUGCCUGGGCCAAACUGCUUGUCCAGUGGACGGCAGUCCUGUCUGUGUAUACAGUAUAAUUUUCAAUAUUCAUACAGCACAUCACCUCCGUGGGAAAAUGUAGUUCAGUCCUACUUUUCCAUGCCACAGUGAACGUAUUUACAUGCCGUGUUUCUCAUCAGGUAUUUAUAAAUGGAGUCUGCUGUUCUCACAUUAAUUCCUUUAUUCAACUGGACCUCGCUUAAUGAUAUUGGGAUGAUUAAUGAGGACUUCUAUGCUGUGAUGGUGGGAUGGUUGGUGUUCCAGUUUCCUCUUCUCUAAAUGAAAAACUGGAAUAAGUGUGGGAAAUAAUUAUUACCACAAUGUGGACACAAACCACAUUGUGGUAAUAAGCACACACGAGUGCUUAGAGCAGUCAUUCCCAAACUAGAGUUAAAUGCACAACAAUGCAAUGCAGUACAUCAGGAGGUCACUGAACAAAGAGAGGGUGCCGACAGAUCAGGGGGAGAGAAAAAGUCCACAGUACCUGGAUCACAUUGAACAGCGCCUUGGUGCUAGCUGUUCAAAUUAAAGAAUAGCCUAAUUUAGUUAGAAUUAUUCCCUGUCAUGUCCCUUCUGUCUGUGGAUCGCUGCUACAAAGGGGGAAAUGGAAUCAGGGCCAAAAGUUCUAUUUACAACCACGGAAAGCAAACUAAACUAAGAGCCUGUCGAUUUCCUCUGCUUCAUUUUACACAAACACACACCCCUAGACUCAUUUCACCAUUUCACAGCACAAACACCCUCUUGCUCAGCUGUGGGGCUUACAGUAAUCAAAUGGCAAAAUAUUUAGUCACAAAAAAGUACUUCCCAGCAUACAGUGCAGCUCCCCGUAUAUGUGGGGCUUGCAUAUUUUUGAGAGUGACAAAGGAGGUGCUGGUCCUGUUCUGGCAGGAUCCCAUCACACUCAGCAAAUUUGAUUAUUGCUGUGAGCUUACUUUAUACACUUGACCCCACUCCAGCUGACAGUGUAUUGCCUUACUGCUUCUAUGUCUCAUUUUUUUAGUGCAAGUUGGUAAUGAGGUGGUGAGAAACUUUACACUCAGUAACUUUGAUUGUUGCUGUGAUGUACUUUUAUAAUGAAAUUAAUUGUAAAUUCAUGGGUUGAUGCGAAUCAGUAGUUUAUAAAUGUAGAUGUUAUGUCAAUUCAUAAUGUAUUUUUGUAAGUUCCCGGGGAGACACCAAUUUUCUCUUUUGAUUGUCAAGCUGAAAAGGUUUGGGAAUCCCAGGCUUAGACUGUUAUCUGUGACUAUAAUAGAAUGCCUGAUUUCUAAGUAUGAUCUCCUUUGGUUGCAGUUUUCACUCUGGUACAAGAAGUGCCAAAUACAAAUGCACACAGGCACCAAUAAUCUGUUAUAUUCUAUAGUAUAUCUGUUUGUUAUUAAUGUACAGGUAGGCACUUUAUACAUAGGGACCAUAAUGAGCUGAGCAAACGCGAAAUACAGCGUGCGUUCACAAAGAGUUCAAGCAACAAAACUAAAAAAACACAAAGCAUAUCUGAAAAUACAUUUUAUAUCUAAAUAUUGUGGUUAUACGAUACUACUGAAGAUACUUUGAGUUUGUCUAAUAAUUGAUAAAGAUUGUCUGAAACAUCCAUUUACUUGAAUGUAGAAAUGCUGCCUGCCUGUUGUCAUACUGAAUGUUAAUGUGACACUGUGGCAUGCUCUCUAUUGUAUUUCCAAAACCAUUUUUUAAAAUUUGACCUCUUAGUGAAAAUGUUACAUCGUCAGAUGCCUCCGCCAAGCCGUUUUCAAUAGAGGUCAUUUUUAUAAAUAGAGUAACAGCUCAGUACACGAGCUGACUGGUAAUCUUAUACAUAGAAUUUAAAAGGUUUAGCACAAGCUCCUCUCUUCCGCCUCAAAAAAUUUACAAAAAACUCGUCAUUCACUUGUGUUCUACUGAAAUGCCUGGUGUCACAGAGAGAUGUGUCUGUUUUUGUGUUUCUGAUAUAGUUGAGUCUAACAUACAGUUUGCAAUCAGGCAUUUUGAAGUAGCAUAUUAUGCUAGAGACACUGUUAAAUUAUUAUUUGAUAUGUCUCACAUAACUGAAGUUUUUUUGUAAACAAGAUAAAAAGAGGGACAGAAAAAACAAUGUAAACCCUCAGACUGACAGACCUUUUAUCAGACAUAUAAUAAUGUAAUAUCAAUGUAAUAUUAGAGUGUGUGUUUUCUAAUUAUAAAUUGUACGCUGAUGUGCUACGCUGGAACUGAAGGUCAAAUAAAUUAAUAUUCCCUUUGUUCAUGUCA